CACGCGUGUUUGAGUGCAUGCACGCGUGUUGUGUGCAGGGCACGCGGCUCUGUCCCUCUUGGUGCAGCGCCUUUUGUCUGAGUUUGUGUCUCUUGAAUCUGCGACCCAAGGGGAGGAGGAGGCCGGCCCGGGCCAAGCCAGGGCCCGGGGAAGUGGCGCCCUACACCAUCGUCUACUUCCCCGUGCGAGGGCGCUGCGAGGCCACGCGCAUGCUGCUGGCGGACCAGGGCCAGAGCUGGACGGAGGAGGUGGUGACCAAGGAGGCGUGGCUGGAGGGCACCCUCAAGGCCUCCUGUCUGUACGGGCAGCUCCCCAAGUUCCAGGACGGAGACCUGACCCUGUACCAGUCCAACGCCAUCCUGCGGCACCUGGGCCGCUCCCUGGGGCUGUACGGGAAGGACCCGAGAGAGGCGGCCCUGCUGGACGUGGUGAAUGACGGCGUGGAGGACCUGCGCUGCAAGUACGCCAGCCUCAUCUACACCAACUACGAGGCGGGCAAGGAGGACUACGUGAAGGCGCUGCCGGACCGCCUGAAGCCCUUUGAGACCCUGCUCUCCCAGAACCAGGGCGGCCAGGCCUUCAUCGUGGGCAGCCAGAUCUCCUUCGCCGACUACAACCUGCUGGACCUGCUGCUGAUCCACCAGGUCCUGGCCCCCGGCUGCCUGGACGCCCUGCCCCUGCUGGCGGCCUACGUGUCCCGCCUCAGCGCCCGGCCCAAGCUCAAGGCCUUCCUGGCCUCCCCGGAGCACCUGAGCCGCCCCAUUAACGGCAACGGGAAGCAGUGAGGGCCCGCCCAGCAGGAGGGGCGCUGCCCGCCUGCCUCCCGCCCCUGCACCAAUAAAGUUUCC